GGCAAGUCAACAGCAUACAAACGGUGAUGUCCUCCUAGGAACAAUCAGUUCUUCAAUUGAUUGUUUUUUGGUUUUCUUGUUGCGUUUCCGUUCUAUACAUCCAAAAUGAGGGCUAUUACCCUUUGCUUGGGUGUCUUAUUCGUUUCGGCAUAUGUGUGCUCCAAGUCGGUGAAAGGCGAUGAAGGAACCGCAUUGGAAGUCCCAUCUACUGAUGCUAAAGUAGCUGCAUCAUCUGAUGUUCAAGUCGCCGCUGUUGCUGACUUGGAAACUGCCGCUUCCCACCAUAAGAAGGGCCACGACUCUCAUGAAGAGCAUGAAGAUGGUGGCGGCCAUGAACACCAUGGACACCAUCAUCAUCACCACGGCGGUGGAGACAAAAAGGGCCAUCAUGGGCAUCACCACCACCAUCACGGCCAUCACGGCAAGCAUGGACAUCAUCACGAAGCCGGACAUCAUCACCAUAAGGGAGGACAUCACCAUGGUCACCAUGAGGAUGGCGGUCAUCACCACCACCAUCACGCCCAUGGCCACCACCAUAAGGGAGGUCAUCACGGCCACAAACAUCACCACAAGAAGGGUCAUGACACCCAUGGACACCACAUUAAGAAGCAUAAGGAUGAACACCACAAACAUCACAAAUUCUAUGACGAUCAUCACCAUCACGGACAUCACGGCAAGCACGGUCAUCACCACGGACAUCACGGAUCUCACCACGGGCAUCACAAGAAGGGAGGCCAUCAUCACAGCGGACACCAUCACCAUCAUCACGGGAAGCACGGACAUGGAGACCAUGGACAUCAUCAUCACCAUCAUGGUCAUCACGACCAUCACAAGGGACACAAACACCAUCAUCACGGACACCACGACCAUGGAGACAAAGGAGGCCACCAUGAAGGCAAACACUGGGGACACGAACACCACCACAAACACAAAUAAGUGUUGGAUAGUGGAUUGUCAUUCCAAGACUGUUGUUACGUGUUUUAUUAGUUUGAUUGUUGUUUUUGUUAUUGAGUUUGACCGUUAUAAAGAAAUGUUGAAAUAAAAUCAGUAGUAACAGAUAUUAAA